AACGGCAGCGGGACUGGAGGGGGUGGCGUGGCCUGCAGACGGGGCGGAGGCGACCGGAGCGGGCUGGAGGCUGGGAGAGCCGCGGAGCAGCGAGCGCCGGCGAGCGGGGCGCGGAGCGCGAGGGGGCGCGGGCCGCGGGGGCCUGCUCGGUGCCCGGCGGCGGCAGCGCGCAGAGGGGGCGCCCAGCCUCGGGCCACGACGCGCGCGGGGCGCGGGCGGGGACGCGGCGCCGCUGCCCCCGGCCCCUCCCAGGACCCCUCGGGGCGGGGCGGGCGCCCCCGACCCUCCGGGCUGCGCCGGCGGUGGCGCGCGGACCUGCCUCCCGGCCCGGGCUGCAGCGAACGGGGCGCGGCGGCGGACGGUGGCUCCCCCGAGCCCAGACGGCGCCCGCGGGGGCGACCCCCGGGACGUGGCGAUGAGUGAGCAGCCAGCAUCUCAGCAGACAAGGAUGGAGCACUGUCCCCAGGAGGGCGAGGAAUGACGCCCACUCUGUCCCUCAGAGAAUGACCGCCCUGCGAGGGUGGGUCCCCGGGCCCUAGCGGGGCUGCCGGCUGUCAGCUUCCAGCCACUUGCAGCAGAAGGACCCCCAAACUCUCCGUGGAUGCUCCCCGGCCCCGCAGCUCCACCAUGACGCUGCUCGUGGCCCCCUUCCUGCUAGCCUGGGUGGCCGGUGCCACGGCCGCCGUGCCGGUGGUGCCCUGGCGGGUCCCCUGCCCCCCGCAAUGCGCCUGCCAGAUCCGGCCCUGGUACACCCCCCGCUCGUCCUACCGCGAGGCCACCACCGUAGACUGCAACGACCUCUUCCUGACGGCCGUGCCCCCCGCGCUGCCCGCGGGCACGCAGACCCUGCUGCUGCAGAGCAACAGCAUCGCGCGCGUGGAGCCGGCCGAGCUCGGCUACCUGCACAACCUCACGGAGCUCGACCUGUCCCAGAACAGCUUCGCGGACGCCCGGGACUGCGACGUCCGCACCCUGCGCCAGCUGCUGAGCCUGCACCUGGAGGAGAACCAGCUCACGCGGCUGGAGGACCACAGCUUCGCGGGGCUGGCCAGCCUGCAGGAGCUCUACCUGAACCACAACCAGCUCUACCGCAUCGCCCCCCGCGCCUUCGCCGGCCUCGGCCACCUGCUGCGGCUGCACCUCAACUCCAACCUGCUGCGCGCCGUGGACAGCCGCUGGUUCGAGACGCUGCCCAGCCUGGAGAUCCUCAUGAUCGGCGGCAACAAGGUGGACGCCAUCCUGGACAUGAACUUCCGGCCGCUGUCCAACCUGCGGAGCCUGGUGCUGGCGGGCAUGAGCCUGCGGGAGAUCUCUGACUACGCACUGGAGGGGCUGCAGAGCCUGGAGAGCCUGUCCUUCUACGACAACCAGCUGGUCCGGGUGCCCCGGCGGGCGCUGGCGCAGGUGCCCGGGCUCAAGUUCCUGGACCUGAACAAGAACCCUCUGCAGCGGGUGGGCUCCGGGGACUUCGCCAACAUGCUGCAUCUCAAGGAGCUGGGGCUGAACAACAUGGACGAGCUGGUGUCCAUCGACAAGCUGGCCCUGGUCAACCUCCCCGAGCUGACCAAGCUGGACGUGGCCAACAACCCUCGCCUGUCCUUCGUGCACCCCCGCGCCUUCCACCACCUGCCCCAGAUGGAGACGCUCAUGCUCAACAACAACGCGCUCAGUGCCUUGCACCAGCAGACCCUGGCGUCCCUGCCCAACCUGCAGGAGGUGGGUCUCCACGGCAACCCCAUCCGCUGUGACUGUGUCAUCCGCUGGGCCAACGCCUCGGGCACCCGGGUCCGCUUCAUCGAGCCGCAGUCCACCCUGUGCGCGGAGCCGCCCGAGCUGCAGCGGCAGCCCGUGCGCGAGGUGCCCUUCCGGGAGAUGACGGACCACUGCCUGCCCCUCAUCUCCCCCCGCAGCUUCCCCGCCAGCGUCCAGCUGGCCAGCGGCGAGAGCCUGGUCCUGCACUGCCGGGCGCUGGCCGAGCCGGAACCCGAGAUCUACUGGGUCUCACCUGCAGGUGUUCGCCUGACGGCUGCCCGGGCAGGCCGCCGGCUCCGGGUCUCCCCCGAGGGGACCCUGGAGCUGCGGAGGGUGACGGCUGGGGAGGCGGGCUUGUACACGUGCGUGGCCCAGAACCUGGUGGGGGCGGACACGAAGACGGUCAGCGUGGCGGUGGGCCGGGCUCCCGUGCAGCCGGGCCGCGAGCAGGGCCGGGCGCUGGAGCUGCGGGUGCAGGAGGUUCACGCCCACCACAUCCUGCUCUCCUGGGUGCCCCCCGCCAACACCGUCUCCACCAACCUCAGCUGGUCCAGCGCCUCCUCCCUCCGUGGCCGGGAGCCCACGGCCUCGGCCCGCCUCCCGCGGGGCACCCACAGCUACAACAUCACCCGCCUUGUGCAGGCCACCGAGUACUGGGCCUGCGUGCAAGUGGCCUUCCCUGAUGCGCACACCCAGCAGGCUUGCGUGGGGGCCAGGACGACAGAGGCCGCCCCUUGCCACAGGGCCUUUGGGGACCGGCCCGGGCCCAUAGCCAUCCUGGCCCUCGCCGUCCUCCUGCUGGCUGCCGGGCUAGUGGCCCACCUCGGCACCAGCGGCCCCAGGCCGGGGGCAGGGGGACGGCCUCUCCCUCCCGCCUGGGAUGUCAGAGGUUGGGGUACGCCCUCAGGUCGGGUGGUGUCUGCACCCCGAGUACUGCCCUGGAAUCCAGGGAGGAAGCCGUCCAGGUCCCCGGAAAGGGGGAAACUGCCACCCCUGUUGUCACAGCAGUCGGGACACUUGGCCUAUUCCCAGCAUUGUCCCUGAGGCCAGGCACUGGGUGACACGGAGCCACGGAGCCACAUCACUGAGGCUGCACCAAGACUGUUGGGGCUUGGGGCCCCACCCCUCUGGGAACCGCUGGGCUGCUGGGUUCUGGGGACAGGUCCAUGGACAAGGACUCUGACUCGACAACUCCCCCCCAACCCCUACCCUACCAGCUGUGUGUCCCCAGGUCCAGCCACCGGAGACGUCCCUCCUUGUCCCUUUCUUUGUACAGUUUCGGUUGCUGACUCUUCCCUCUCCCGGACAGGGACCGGAGGAGGCCUUGCUUCCCACCUUGGGGGAACACUCGGCCCGACCUGCAGGACACCUGGGGAGAGGGGCCGGCCGGGAAGGCCUCGACUCGGGAGAGGGCAGCCACGGAGAUGGCCUUUCUACUAGGUGAUUUUGUACCUUUGUGGAGAAAUGUGUCACCUUCCCCAACCCGAUUCACUCUUUUCUCCUGUUUUGUAAAAAAUAAAAAUAAAGAAGAAUAACGACGGG